GUUUCUUCCCACCCAUUCGAAGGACCGAUGUCGCCGCGGGAGCCGUUGACGUCGGAGCGGUCCUUGCUGCGCAGCCUCGACGCCUACGAGUCGACGUAUGGCGAUCUCGAUGGCCAUGCGAAGCCUGAGGAAGAAGUCCGCAGCCUCCGCGCGGUGCUGGAAGCGGCCGUCGGCGAGGCCAUCACGUCCCCGGCCACCAUCCACCGCGUCAUUCGCGUCCUCCUCAAGCGGCGCUUUGGCGCUUCAUCGCGCGAGCUCCAGAUUCACAUGCUCUUUUUGGCCAUGCACAUCAUGACCAAGCCGAUCACUGAGGACGCGGAAGCGUUGGCCGUCCUGUACGAGUUCAUGAUGGACAAGCUCCUGCCCAUGGGCCUCGAAACAACGACGAGCUCGCCGUACGGCAGCCUCUUCUUUGCCUUUGCGCUCCUCUUGCGCCGCGUCGAGCAAAGCGAUGCGAUCUACCGGUCCAUGGUCUCGAUCUUGAAGGCGCGCCGCCACACGGAAGCGGUCGAGUUUGAGAUGGACGACUCAAUGUGCGACGUGGCGCUCGAGAAAGGCCGUCUCCUUGGUGGCCUCGCGUACUUUGCUGCAUGCCUCUCGCCCCUUGCGCCGACGCCGCUUGUCUUUGACCUCGCCCACGCCGUGUGGGCCCUCGAGGACGCUGUUCCGGACAGCGACGCGUCGCUGCUCCAAGCGGCCGCAUACCCGUUCAUUGCUGGCUUCACCAAGGAAUUCGACCUCCUCGACUUGACCAAGUCGGAAGCCGAGUGGCUCACGAUCGUCGAGCUCUACACGCCGCUCUUGCACCGCAACCCAAACCUGUCCGUCGCCCUCUUCAACGAGCUCAACGACACGGCGUCGGCGCUAGCAUCGCUCUUUCCCGUGCGUCUCUUGCCGCGCUUGAAGCUGCUCGCCGCCGCGUGCGCGCCAUCGACGCUCACGCUGCCCAACGCGCCGGUGCUCGUGUGCUGGCACCUUGCGACCCUCGUGUGGCCCAUCUUGCUCCAUCGUCUCUCGGCGUCGCGCGGGUCGACCGCAACCGCGAUCCUGCACUUGAUGACGGCGCUGUUGACGCACCGGGAUCUGGACGCGACGUCGCCCCUCGCUGCCGCGCUGCCACCGGCGCUCGCCAGAGUCGCCGCGCUGCUCCAUGACCCGACGAGCCCGUUGAAGUUGCAGCAAGCGUGCCUCGCGUUUUGUGCCGCGGUGGCGACGCGUCAUCAGACGACAAGCGUUGUGCGCGUCAUCGCUGUCGACGACGCCGUGUCAGCGCUGCACGCUGUCGUGACGGGACUCGAAGCGCCGAAGGGACAGUACCCGAGCGUUCUCAACAUGCUCCACCUCGCGGCCCACGUGUUUGCGUCGUCGUCGUCGUCGUCGAUCGAGAUGACGCAUUGGUCGGCGUCGCUCACCCAUGUCCUCUUGACCAUUGCCACGUCGUACAUGACGUGGCAGUUUGAGCGUGUCGAGGACCAAGACGUGCUCGGGCUCGCGAGCUUCCGGCUCGUGCACUCGCGCCUCGCGACGCACUACGACGUGUGGGCGACGCUCUGGGCCGAACCAGCCGCGACGUUUCCGAAGUUUGUACUCUCGACGCUCGCUCGGUGGCUGCCCAUCGCAGCGCCUGCACCGAAAGCCCCCGUUGCGCGCUUCGCGUUUGACGACUCGACGCCCGACGCGACGCCGUUCUUGCCAUUGACCAUGGACACCAUGUCGCCGACGCACGCACGCUAUGCCUCGACGCUCUUGGCCUGCGUUUCUCAAGUGGUCGCCCCGCUCGUCGCGUCGGCCCUCGCCGAUGCGUCGUCGUUUUCGAUGGCCGCUUCGCCGCUGGCGACCACGGUUCAUGUUCGUGGCGUCGCGCUCAACUGGCCGCUGGUGUGUUCGGCGCUGCUCGCGUCACCGGAUGCGGCGAUCGUCGAUGCGAGUUUGGAGCUGCUCACGGCACUGGUUGUGCUGCCGACGACGACGACGACAACGUUUGUGGCCCACUUUCCGACGCCGCAAGACACCAAGGCGCUUGUCGCGGCGCUGUGGGAGCUUGUCACGGACGCGAGUGCACCGAAUCGGCAGGCGUCGGCCUUGCGCCUCUUGGCGCUGAGCGUCGACCGCCAGCCGUCCCUCGUGUCCUUGCUCUUCUUCUCGGCCGACGCGGCGCCGUCCGCGCUCGGUCUUUUGCGCGUCCUGUCGAAGGCCAUUGCGACGCAAGACUGGGAUGUGGUCGCGUACGGCUUGGACUUUGUGCGCGCGAGCUGGCCGACGCUGUUUGCAACCCAGUCGGCACUCUGGUCGGACGUUGGGGCGGCGCUUCUUUCCAGCAGCUCGGGUGCGCCCGACGCGACGGCGCACUGGUGGGCCAUUGGUAUCUUUUGGCAGCUUGUGGCGCUCGAGGUGACGCACCCGACGUCAUCGUCGUCGGCACUCGACCCGCUGCUUGCGACCAAGGACGCUUGGUUUACCAUCGUGUCGACGCACGUGGCCGACGCCGACCAUGACGGGAUGCCGUCCUUGCCUCUCGCCGUCGCCAAGUGCGACGCCACCUCGAGCAGCCUCUUUGCCAUGGUGCAGUUUGCCACCGCGAUGGAGGUUGUCGUCUUCAAGCGCGGCAGCGAAGGCCUCCCGUCAGGGCUUGCGCUCGCGUGGGUGUGCACGCUCGCGUCAUCGAUGACGACGAUGCACGAGGCGGUCGACGACGCAGACUGGUCGCUGUACCUCACAACGUCGACGCGCCUCUCGCUGACGCUGCUGCAUCACCACACCAAGAUGCCGACAUCGGCCUUGGACGUGGCCACGAGCGUCGAGCUGCUCAAAUGCUGUCUCGCGAUGCUGCAAACCGCGGGGCCGACCGACGACGAUGCGCGCAAGUACGUCAUGACGAGCAUCUACCUCGUCCUGCGCCACAUGUCGUCCUUGCCCGACCGCGUGACGACGCUGCCGUCCGUGGUCGUCACACCGCUUUUAUCGAUGCUGUCGACGGCCACGGACGUGAGCCUGCACUUGCUCGUGCUCCGAGAACUCGUCGUGCACUGGAUGUCCCCGCUCUUUUGCGCGUCGCUGCGCCCGUGUCUCUCGAGCCUCGUGGCGUCGCUUGUGAUCACGACCAAGGUCGACGUGCUCGCCGAUACGAUCACGACGCUCUCGCAUUUGCUCAUGGCGAGUCCGUUGGAGACAAAAACGUUUUGUGUCGACGCGCUCGUCGCCGACUGCCACAUGCUCGGCCACAUCAAGACGCUGGCCCAGCCGCUGACGUCGGCGAUGCUGCGUCGGCGCCAACGCGGCUACGACGACGCGUCGCGUCGCUGCUUGUUGCACACGACGUGGUGCAACCUCCUCGAGUUGCUAUCGCACCUUUUGGCGCUAACCACCGGGAACGCACUCACGAGCACGCUCUCCGUGCUGGCGUAUCUCGAGCCCGUGCUCUUGUCGGCCUUUGACGAAAAGGCGCCGUUGACGCUGGCCCGGCUGCACGAACAGGCGUGCGUCGGGCGGCUGCUCUUGGCCGCCGCCGCGCACCUCCCGACGUGGCAAGGCCUCAUGUCCAUCGGCAGCCUCCUCGAGCUUGGCCGUCGCCACCUUGUCGUCGUGAGCGGCUGGAAACAAGACCCGGUUUCGUUGACGUCGCUGGCCGUCACGGCGGACGAGACCAAGGACGCACAGUUUCAAGCCACGCUGACGCGUCAGCUCUGGGAGGUGGUGUACCUCUGGUGCGUGCUGCUGCUCAAGCUCACGCCGAGCGCGACGCCAGUGAUGGAGAUCCACGGGCGGCCUGUGGUCGACACGGAAGCCGCCCGCCCAAUCGUGGACUUUCUCCCGAUCUCGCUGUCGCAUGCGACGGCGCCGUGCGCGCUGGGACACGUCGCUCGCCUCGUGAAAUGCGCGUUGAAGGAAGCGUCGGCCUUGUCUUCGACGACCAAGCGCAUGCAGGAUGGUCUCCGCGAUGUCGUUGAAGCCGCCACGUCCUUGCUCGUGGCCAACUUUAUCUUGCACGAACAGCGCUACCACCACCCGGCCGCGUACCGCGCCGAGCUCAAGGUGUCGUUGACCGACGUCAUCGCCAGUGUCCAGGCGGACUGGCGGGAUGAAGAGGCGCCGCUUGUCGCCUUCAUGGAGAGCGUCGAAGCGAACGUCCUCACCCAGCCGUAAUACCCCUCAUUCGUCU